AUGACUAGGUUUGCAUCGCCGAGGCCAGAGACGCCCGAACCUUCGUCCCGGCAGGGAAGAAGGAAUCAUGAUCCUGGGGUGCAGCUGCUGGAUGAAGAUGGGGGGAUUUCAGACCAGCUGGAAGCCUGCUUGAAACACAUUUUUGCUAAAUACUGCACCCCAUCUGUACAAAAGCCAUCGGACGGUAGUCCAGCCAAUGCUUUACUGACUCCACCCCCGAACGCGUAUCUGUCGGCAGAAGGACUCGACGAAUGGGCUCGGGAUACCAAUGGAACACCGUUUUCGCAGGAAACCAAAGACGAGCUGAUAGAGUUUUUGGAUGUCACAGAUGAUGGAUGCCUCACGUAUGUAUUUGCAUCUUCAGCUUGGAAGGAGUAA